AUGGCAAGAAAAACUGCUGCAACCAAAGCUGGUGUUCUGCUUUUUAUGCUUCAAGCAGGUCUUGGGCUGUCUGCAGCCGUGCAAGUCCUGCCCUCCGCCAACCCGGUUGCGGUCGGGGACACGCUGACGCUUUCCCUCCAUCCAGCCACAGCUCUGAGGGGCGGAAGCUGGGCGGUGGGAGAUUUCCUCAUCCUCACCUGGCUCGGGGAGCAGCAGGCAGUUUUCCCCAACCACAGCGGCAGGGCCUCGGUGGACGUCAUCACGGCGGCCCUCACCCUGACGGCCGUGACCUUGGAGGACUCGGGAGUGUACGCGGUGCAGAGCAGCGAUCCUCCGUUCGGAGCAAACGCCUCCAUCACCGUCUUGGAGCCUGUUUCAAACGUGACCUUCAGCGUCAAUCAAACGCACCUGUCGGAGUUGUCAACAGCGGCGGUGACGUGCUCCGCCUCCUCAGGCUCAUCCCCGUCGUUCCUGUGGCUGAAUGGCAGCUCCGAGGUCGUCGCCAACGAAAGAGUUGCCCUCACCGAUGAAAACGCCACGCUCUCGAUCCUUGGCGUCAGCCGCCACGACCGUGGACCCUUCAGGUGCUUUGCGUUCAAUCCCGUCAGCAACGGCACCAGCGAUUUUUUAACCUUCACCAUCACCUACGGCCCAGACAACAUGGUCCUCACCGUCAACGGCAACGCUACUUCCUUUCUGACCGGAUCCAACCUGACCAUGUUCUGCUCGGCUCAGUCCAGUCCUCCCGCUCUGCUGCAGUGGGCUUUCAGGGGCCAACUUCUAAACUCGACGGGUCCUUCGCUGAAGCUUUUUGAUGUCAGCCAGGACCAGAGCGGCCUCUAUGGAUGUCUGGCCUACAACAAUGAGACCAACAGAAGCAGCAACAUCACCAAAGACGUUGUGAUCAGCAAGUCGCACACAUCAGCAUUGAAACAACAUGCCUUUCACGUGUGGCUCGUUCCCAUGAUGCAUUGGGUCGGAUUCCUCCUGGCACUGCUCGAUGCUGGUGGCCUCCUUUAUGUCGUACACGGCCAGGGUCUAUCCGCCUCUCAGAACCCAAUACCUGUGGGUCAGAAUGUCACAUUUUCCAGCCUAAACGUAGUCGACAGAGGUGCAUGGCUCUUCAACAGUGAACUCGUCAUCUUGAUCAUUCUCGGGACUGGCACCGCGACCCCAAAUUGGAAGGACAGGGUGGCGUUCAAUUCCACCACCUCGUCUUUGACGAUAGCGUCAGUGAAGCUGAAUGAGUCCGGGACGUACACGCUACAAGAUGUGACUUCUGGUGCUUCUCAGCUGGUGCUGUCGGUCCAAGUACCGAUCACGGGCGUGAACCUGGCUGCAAACGGUAGCAACCUGGUGGAGUUCAACGACACAGUGGUGCUCACGUGCACCAACAUCACGGGCACUUCUUUGUCCUUCAAGUGGCUGAACGACACCUCCGAGGUGACGGCUGGCGGAAACGUUCAAAUCAGCGCUAACGGCUCCAAGCUGACCAUCGCCCGAGUAACCCGCUACGACCAGGGCCCGUUCAGGUGUAACGUGUCCAACGGCAUCAGCCAAGGAAUCAGUUCGCAAGUCCUUUUUAACAUCAGCUACGGUCCGACGAACCCUCAAGUGUCAGUAACCCCCUCAAAGUACACCCACAUCACAGGGUCUAACAUCACCCUGUCAUGCUCGGCCGAGUCCAAGCCCACGGCAACGAUCCAGUGGCUGAUGAACGGGACGAACAUCUCCCACUCUGACCCACAGCUUGUACUCAGCAACGUCACAAAGAACCACACGGGGGAUUACCAGUGUCUCCUCCACAACAGCGUCACAUCGAGUUUCAAGUUUGCAAGUGCAAUGAUCAGCAUCAUGGCGCCAAUAACAGCAGUCAUGGUCAACCACACGGGUGUACCGGCAAUCGCCCAGCAGACCUUCGCCCUGGAGUGUCACGUGACCGGCAUGGUUCAUCUCAUUCAGUGGUGGAUGAACGGUAACCCGGUGUCUGCCGACAACACCACACUGUUUACUGUGGACAACAAGACCUUGACUCUCAACCCCGCCCAGCCCUCGGAUGCUGGGGACUAUCAGUGUCAAGCUUUUAACGCUGUGAGCAACAUGACCAGCAGCCCUUACACUGUGGAGGUCUACUACGGCCCGUACACGCCAGUGAUCACGGCGCCCGCCAUGGGCCUGACCGGGACAUCGGUGAUGCUCAAUUGCUCCAGCAGCUCCCACCCUCCGAGCCAGCACACCUGGUACUUCAACAACACCGUGCUGGCCAACACCUCCGUGUAUCACACCGGACCGCUGGUCUUAAACAUGAGCGGGACGUACACCUGCAUGGCCUUCAACAACAUCACAGGGACAAACAGCACGGCGAACCACACGCUCACUGUUCUGACUCCGGUGACAAUGACCUCCGUAAACCAUAUGCUGUCUUAUCCCAUCUUGAACCACAAUUUCACGCUGACCUGUGACACAACUGGCGACGUGUACUCCAUCACCUGGAUGCACAACGACACCCUUUUGGAAUCUGACGCCGCAAGGAGCUUCUCCAUGAACAACGCCACCCUCACCUUUGAGCCCGUCCUGAUUCACCACGGCGGGAAUUACAGCUGCUACGCUUCCAACCCACUCAGCAGCUUAGCCAGUGAUAAUUUCACCCUGGCUGUCGUAUAUGGACCAGGAGUGCCAACCGUCACGGCACACACCGCGGCGCUGGUGGGGAGCAGCGUGGCGCUCAGCUGCAACGCCUCGUCACACCCGCCCAGUCAGUACAUGUGGUACUUUAACAAGACGGUGGUGGCAAACAGCUCCGUCUACCACACACCUCCUCUUAGCAGCGACAUGAGCGGCCCGUACACCUGCAAGGCACUCAACGCCAUCACCGGCUACAACACCACCGCCUCCACCACAAUUACGGUUUACGACAAAAUAAAAGAGGCGAACAUAACGGUGCCCAUGAGCCCUGCCAUAGAAGGUUAUCCAACCACGUUGACGUGCAAUGUGUCCGGAACCCCACAGCAAGUGCUCUGGAUGAAAGAUGGAGUCCCAUUGAUGGCGGACAACAGAACCUCGCUGUCCAUGGAUAACCUCACCGUCACCUUCAACCCUCUGUCCCGCAACGAUUCUGGAAUGUACCACUGUUAUGCUAUCAAUCCCCUUCAAAAUGUGUCAAGCCCUUCUCAUUGGCUCCUUGUAAACUUUGGACCGGAAAAUCUAAUGGUUUAUGGGCCAGCGUUGGCCGUGGAGGGACAAUCUGUAAACUUCUCCUGCUCCGCCGUGUCGGUGCCCCCCAGCCACUUCUACUGGCUGCACAAUGGCUCCAUUGUGGCCAACAGCUCCGUGUUUGUGUCGAGUUCUCUAUCUUUGAACAUGAGUGGAAAUUACACCUGCAUGGCCCAAAACCCGCUGUUGAAAAGGAACAGCACCAAGUCCCUGGCGCUCACGGUCAAAGAGGCCAUCAAGUCGGUGAUGGUGAUGAACGACACGAUUCCCAUCGACGGCAACAACUUCACGCUCACCUGCGUGGUGGACGGGCAUUACGACUCCAUACAGUGGGAGAAGAACGGCACCUACGUGGGAACGAACAUGUCCGCCGACAACCACACUUACUACCACCUGGUGGACAACAGCUUUUUCUUCACCCCGUUGAUGCGCUCCGACGACGACGAGUACAGGUGUGUCGCCAGCAACCUGAUUGGUCCUCACGAGAGUCCGCCGUACGAGCUCCUGGUCAACUACGGUCCUCUCAGCGUGACUCUCUCAGAUCCAGAAUUGGACAAAGAAAAGCUCACCAUCACUGUGAAGUGCGAAGCAGAUUCCCGGCCAGAACCCGAAAUAAAAUGGUUCCUAAACGACAAACCGUCAGAAAUCGGCGUCGGCAACAUGGUCCAAAUCUCCUUGUCACUGCUAGUAGAGACCAAGUACUCGUGCAGGGCUAGGAACCCUGUGACCAACAUCACCAUGACCCAGACUAAGACCUUCAGCCUCUUUGGUUCCGCCUCCGCCCUUCCUUCCCCAUCCCAGAGAGGCCUUUUCAUCGCGAGUGUUUUUAUCCUCUCUGUCCCGGUCCUCUUCCGCUGAAUCCAAGCACACAAGUUCAACAGAAAACUGGGAGGGGAAAAAUAGGCCCUGAAGAUAGAACAAUAUUUAGAGUAGUGAUGGCAAAUAGGUUGAGUGUGAUAAUAACCGUAGAACGGGAAGGGUUCUGUUACAUAGGAAUAGAUCCGAAUACUCAAUACUACUAUUCGUAAUUCAGCUUAUUGUGUAACCAAUCAGAACGUAAAUUCACCUGGGGCUGGGCGAUAUAGACUUUUUUUAAUAUCUCGAUAUUUUUAGGCCAUAUCUCGAUAUUCCGCCUUAGCCUUGAAUGAAGACUUGAUGCAUAUAAUCGCAGCAGUUUGAUGAUUCUAUGUGUCGACAUCACAUCAAAGAGCCAGUUUCAGAAAAUAAAGAAAACAAUGGGAGCCACAAGACUCUUGAAAUUUAUAAUGAAAUAACACUUUGCUUUGUGUUAUGUAUAAACCUGGGGUCUCGGACACACGGCCCACACCAUAAUACGAAACUUAAUGUUAGUGCUACAUGUGUUCAACCUUGGCAAGAAUGAGGACUCAGGUGCAGAAGGGGGACAAUUGACACAGGCUUUAUUUAAGUUUUCUUUGAAAUCUCUUUGAACAGAGUGAUUAAAGCAAAGCGGCUAUGGAAUCUAUGAUAACAAAAGACAUAGGCAAAACGCAAUAAACAGAAAAUCACUCCAUAGGGAGGAAAAAGGCAAUAGCAAAAUUACACACAAAUCUUCUAACAAAAGAACAACAAUCUAUGAUUAGCUAAAAAAAAAAAAGUAAAUCUCUCACGCAGAGGAGACAAGAAACUUUUAACGGAAAGUGCGCUAUAAAAAGCUGAGAAAACUACAAACUAAAGCGCUCCAAGAGGAGGGGGAAAAAAGACGGCAAAGCACUGAAAUUAGACACAAAAUUCUUGACCAAAAACUUUAACAAACAAAAUCACUCUUUCUCAGAGGGAACAAAGAAAUCAAUAAAUAAGGCAAGGCAAUGCUUAGCAAAACUUGGUUCAAGGCUGCGGACAAGGCUGGAGGCACGUAGCGAGACGAUAUACUCUGGCAUAAGACAAGAGGAAGACCAGACAUUUCUACACAUGAGGGAGGGUGACACAGGUGGGCACAAUCAGGCAAUCAGGAGAGACAUCAGACCAGUGAAACAGGAGGAAGGGCAAGUGACCUGAAACGAGAGGGAGAGUUAACCUUUCAAAAUAAAACAGGAAAUGACAAGACAACAUGAAACCAAACAAAACCCAGACAAUACUUCACCCAGGUGUGACAACAUGCGAGUUUCGUGUGAAUGCCUCCCCAAUUUUUCCGGGAGGCUCCCGAAUUUCAGGUCAAUUGUUCUAUCGAACAUCUGCUGAUGUCCACCCUAAUAACAAUAAUAAGGGCGUGCCUUUAUCAUCCUCGACAACCUCUACAAAUAGCUCGGAAGCCCAGUCACAUGUUCUAUGUGGCUUCCGGCAGAUUUACAAAAGUGACUGCAAGCCAUACAGGUCACACUGAGAGUGCCCGUUUAAACAACUUUAACACUCUUACUAAUAAUAUGUGCCACACUGUGAACCCACACCAAACAAGAAAUACAGACACAUUUCGGGAGAACAUCCGGCUCUCAGAUCAAUCUUUGCUGACAUUGCUUAAGUAAUGAAUAAUUCCGCUGGCAAUCACAGUUUCAAAAAUAACGUUGAAAUUAUAAAACAUUCUCACGCAUUUUAAUCCAACCAUCCGUUUUUCUACCGCACCUGUUCAAGAUGUCGCAUUAAUGGUAAAAAGUAUUAUAUUUAUUAUUGGUUAAUAACAAUAAUAACAAUAAUAAGGGCGUGCCUUUAUCAUCCUCGACAACCUCUACAAAUAGCUUGGAACCCCAGUCACAUGUUCUAUGUGGCUUCUGGCAGAUUUACAAAAGUGACUGCAAGCCAUACAGGUCACACUGAGAGUGCCCGUUUAAACAACUUUAACACUCUUACUAAUAAUAUGUGCCACACUGUGAACCCACACCAAACAAGAAUGACAGACACAUUUCGGGAGAACAUCCGGCUCUCAGAUCAAUCUUUGCUGACAUUGCUUAAGUAAUGAAUAAUUCCGCUGGCAAUCACAGUUUCAAAAAUAACGUUCAAAUUAUAAAACAUUCUCACGCAUUUUAAUCCAACCAUCCGUUUUCUACCGCACCCGUUCAAGAUGUCGCAUUAAUGGUAAAAAGUAUUAUAUUUAUUAUUGGUUAAUAACAAUAAUAACAAUAAUAAGGGCGUGCCUUUAUCAUCCUGGACAACCUCUACAAAUAGCUUGGAACCCCAGUCACAUGUUCUAUGUGACUUCCGGCAGAUUUACAAAAGUGACUGCAAGCCAUACAGGUCACACUGAGAGUGCCCGUUUAAACAACGUUAACACUCUUACUAAUAAUAUGUGCCACACUGUGAACCCACACCAAACAAGAAUGACAAACAAAUUUCGGGAGAACAUCUGGCUCUCAAAUCAAUCUUUGCUGACAUUGCUUAAGUAAUGAAUAAUUCCGCUGGCAAUCACAGUUUCAAAAAUAACGUUCAAAUUAUAAAACAUUCUCACGCAUUUUAAUCCAACCAUCCGUUUUUCUACCGCACCUGUUCAAGAUGUCGCAUUAAUGGUAAGAAGUAUUAUAUUUAUUAUUGGUUAACUUUUAGAAUAACAAUGUUGUUAAAAAAAGAAUAAGAGACUUAUUAUACUCUACAAAUGUCGGUCAUACUUAAAAAUGCAUGAAUUUAGUUGUAUUCAAUGUUGAAAAAUGUUAUAUGGCUCUUACGGAAAUACAUUUUGAACAUUUGACUUUCAUGGCUCUCUCCGCCAAAAAGGUCCCCGACCCCUGCUGUAGUGUAAUGCCGGCAGCUAAAAGCAACCGCGUGAGAACGUAUACUCCAAUAUCACGAUAUAGUCCGCGAUAUAAUCCGCGAUAUAUCUCGUAAAUCGAAAUAUCGCCCAGCCCUAGAUUCACAAAUUUUUGUAAAACUGUGGCUCUCCAGGUAUCAUUAUGGUGAGCGUCAUUAAAAUGCAGUGGCGUAGUAGGCCCAAGUAUUCAUUAAAAACAAUUUAACAAGUAUAUUUAAUAUUUUAGCCACUGUAGCAUUACACAGUUUGAACACUCACACUGUUUGAAUUGAGGAAAAUAAAACACUGUACUUUAUUCAAGUGUUUCCGUGGCGUACCUAUAUUUUUAACAAAGACAUUUUAUUUUUUUUUGCAUUUUAAUCAUAAUAAGUUUGAAGAAAUAGCAAAAAAACAGACGCUAAAAUUAAGAAUUAAAUUAAAAUGUAUUUAUUAUUCUUUACAAAAAAAAAAAUCUAUUUACUUGAACAUUGAUUUAAAUUGUCAGGAAAGAAGAGGAAGGAAUUUAAAAGGUAAAAAGGUAUAUGUGUUUAAAAAUCCUAAAAUCAUUUUUCAGGUUGUAUUUUUUCUCUAAAAUUGUCUUUCUGAAAGUUAUAAGAAGCAAAGUAAAAAAAAAAUAAAUGAAUUUAUUUAAACAAGUGAAGACCAGGUCUUUAAAAUAUUUUCUUAGAUUUUCAAAUUCUAUUUGAGUUUUGUCUUUCUUAGAAUUAAAAAUGUCCAGCAAAGCGAGACCAGCUUGCUAGUAAAUAAAUACAAUUAAAAAAAAUAGAGGCAGCUCACUGGUAAGUGCUGCUAUUUGAGCUAUUUUUUAGAACAGGCAAGCGGGCGACUCAUCUGGUCCUUACGGGCUACCUGCGUUGGUGACCCCUGCUUUAUAGUGACACAAAGGCUGGGGACUUUGGGACGCACAUCAUUUUGCAAUGGUCCCAAGUCAGCUACCAUGAAUUGAUUAACGUGGACCCCGACUUAAACAAGUUGAAACACUUAUUGGGGUGUUAGCAUUUUGUGGUCAAUUGUACGGAAUAUGUACUGAACUGUGCAAUCCAUUCCAAUCCACUUUAUUUGUACAAGUUUGAGAAUCACUGCACAACAUAGCACUUAUUUAUUCAAUACCAGUAAGGCACACCUGUUGCUUCUCCAUUCUCUGUCAAGCAUCUUCAACGGGUGAGUAAUUUUGCUUUAUUUUAGUUUUGUUUUACUGCGGUCCAUUUUCUCUUAAAGACAAAUAUAACAGUUGAUUGUGUUAAAAUGUUGCUUUUAAUUCAGUUUGUAUGGUUCCCACAAUGUUUCAAAGUAGGAAGUAGUAUCAAGUGUUCAAUUUUGGAGGUUGUGUUGCGUUUCGUAAAUUAUGUUUUGAUUGUAGGGCCAACGCGUUGACGUAAGCAACGAUUAUAUUCUUACUUGUCGGAAUUUUAAUCAACAUUGCAAAGGUCGAUCGUUUUUGGUGACGUGGCACUUUUCCACCUUUGGAAGUAAUAUCCGAUAUUUUGCAGGGUUUUGUUUUUUCCUGAUGCGAUACUUUUGCAAGAACUCUGUGUGGAAGAGGCAAUAGUAAAAAUAAUUAUUAGUAAAAAUAAUACAAAUAUUUAUCUAUGGUUCUGGCACUUAUACACGCAAUUAUAUAUUUUAUUAUUAUUACUCAUUGCUUUCGGGGUUGCCCACUAGUGCGGUCCUCUCCAAGGUUUCUCAUAAUAAACUGUCACCGAUGUUAAAGUUAAAGUACCAAUGAGUGUCCUACGGGGGUGAGUUUUUCCUUGCCCGUAUGUGGGCUCUGUACAGAGGAUGUCGUUGUGGUUUGUGCAGCCCUUUGAGACACUUGUGGUUUAGGGCUAUAUAAAUAAACAUUGAUUGAUUGAUUGAUUAAUAUUUUAUUAAUUGCACUUUUAUGGUUUGUGCAGCCCUUUGAGACACUUGUGAUUUAGGGCUGUAUAAAUAAACAUUGAUUGAUUGAUUGAUUAAUAUUUUAUUAAUUGCACUUUUAUUUCUCGGUCAUCCAUCCAUCCAUUCCAAUCCACUUUAUUUGUAUAGCACAGUUAAACAACAAAAAUGUUUCCAAAUGCUGCACAAUAAUAAUAAAAACAAUAUUCAAAUAUUAUUCUUCCUGCCAGCAAUGUACUGACAAAAAAAAUAAUUAAUAUAAAACCAUUAUUUAAAAAAAAUAUGAUUAAAAACGAUUUUAAAGGGUAAAACCAAUUAAAACAAUAAAUAAAAAUCUAAAUUUAAAAACAAAGAGAAGCACACAACUCACAUAGUGUUAAAAGCCAGAGAAUAAAAGUGGGUGUUAAGACGAGACUUAAAACACUCCACUGUGGGAGCAGUUCUAACAUGGAGUGGUCCAAAGCUUAGAAGGCCUCGUCCCCCCUGGUUUUAAGUCUGGUCUUGGGCACCACGAGCUGGAUCUGACUCUCGAACCUCAGAGUGCUUGCAGGAGUGUAAAUUUGGAUGAGGUCCGAGAUAUAAUGAGGUGCCCGUCCAUGCAAAGCUUUAAAAGCAAACAGCAAGAUUUUAAAAUCAAUUCUAAAAUGAACAGUGCAAAGUCUCAAGAAUUGGGGUUAUAUGCUCCCAUUUCCUGGUCGUGCUGCCGCGUUCUGGACUAACUGCAACCGGGAGAGAGUUUUUAGGCUAAUGCCAGCUUAAGUAGACCAGGCGACUUGAAAUAAAAGCAUGCACGACUUGUUCAAAAAAGGUUAAAAGAUAAAAAAACGGUUUUACCUUUGCUAAAAGACCAAGAUGACAAAAACACGAUUUAAAAACGCCACUGACUGGUUUGUCAAGUUUAAAAUCAUAAAGUACUAUCUAUCUAUCCAUCUACAACAGGGGUCACCAACCUUUUUGAAAGCAAGAGCUACUUCUUGGGUACUGAUUAAUGCGAAGGGCUACCAGUUUGAUACACACUUAAGUAAAUUGCCAGAAAUAGCUAAUUUGCUCAAUUUACCUUUAACUCUAUGUUAUUAUUAAUAAUUAAUUAUAUUUAUCUUUGUGGAAACACUGUUCAUCGUAAUGAUUUCUCACAAUAUAUAGAAACAGAUAAAUAUUGUUAUAAAUAUAUUUCGACUCUUUAAAAUUCAAAAUUCAACCGAAAAAAAAAAGCGAAAAACUAGCUAAUUCGAAUCUUUUUGGAAAAAAUGUAAAAAAUAAUUUAUGGAACAUCAUUAGUAAUUUUUCCUGAUUAGGAUUGAUUUUAGAAUUUUGAUGACAUGUUUUAAGUAGGUUAAAAUCCAAUCUGCACUUUGUUAGAAUAUAUAACAAAUUGGACCAAGCUAUAUUUCUAACAAAGACAAAUAAUUUUUUUGAAUUUUAAUUAUAAUAAGUUUGAAGAAAUAUCGAAAAAACAGACGCUAAAAUUAAGAAUUAAAUUAAAAUGUAUUUAUUAUUCUUUACGAUAAAAAAAAAUUUUACUUGAACAUUGAUUUAAAUUGUCAGGAAAGAAGAGGAAGGAAUUUAAAAGGUAAAAAGGUAUAUGUGUUUAAAAAUCCUAAAAUCAUUUUUAAGGUUGUAUUUUUUCUCUAAAAUUGUCUUUCUGAAAGUUACAGUAUAAGAAACAAAGUAAAAAAAAAAAUGAAUUUAUUCAAACAAGUGAAAACCAAGUCUUUAAAAUAUUUUAAUGGAUUUUCAAAUUCUAUUUGAGUUUUGUCUCUCUUAGAAUUGAAAAUGUCCAGCAAAGCGAGACCAGCUUGUAUUUAUUAACUAAAUAAAUACAAUUUUAAAAUUAGAGGCAGCUCACUGGUAAGUGCUGCUAUUUGAGCUAUUUUUAGAACAGGCCAACGGGCGACUUAUCUGGUCCUUACGGGCGACCUGGUGCCCGCGGGCACUACGUUGGUGACCCCUGCUCUAUAGUGACACAAAGGCUGGGGGCUUUGGGACGCACAUCAUUUUGCAAUGGUCCCAAGUCAGUUACCAUGAAUUGAUUAACGUGGACCCAACUUAAACAAGUUGAAAAACUUAUUGGGGUGUUACCAUUUAGUGGUCAAUUGUACGGAAUAUGUACUGAACUGUGCAAUCUACUAAUACAAGUUUCAAUCAAUCAAUCAAUUGCUGGAGCUUAUGUGAGAUCAAAUUGUAAGAAUGAAAAUGUAUGAACUUUUAUUAUCAUGCUUUGAUUUGUAGUACUGUAUUUAUUUCUUAAUCAAUAAAACUUCGAUGUUUGGA